ACACGAUGGGCCCCAAAACCCUGCUCGCUGGCUGUUUCAUGAUAGGAAAAGGUCUCGCUGAUGGGAUUGCUUGCGCCCUCAGUGGAGUUUCUGCUCAAGACACUUCAAGUAGUGAAGCCGACUGCAGCAUUGUCUAUGUCACAGUUCCUGGACCGAUUAUUACGGUGUCCCUUAUCGACCAAACGGCGAGCGAUCCAAAUCAUGGAACAUACUACUAUUCGGUUGUACAUGGGACCACGGAGUGGCUAAACAGUCAUGCACCACCAACGCAUCUUACUUCCUUUGUGACACAGACUUUCGAGGUUACAGUCCAGCCUUCGCCGGUACAGCCCACUGCUCCUGGAUCUAAACCUCCCAUUACUUUGAGUUCAGGGAUAGGGAGCUCUUUGAACCCUGGAACGAUGACGAUUACAUCUUUGGCACCACCUCUCUCGACACUCACCAUGCCGAGCUCCCUGGGGGUUUCGAUGACGACGUUGAACACUGCGAAUGGGAGUAGCCUGGUGCCUUCAACUUCUGCUGGACCAAGCGGCCCGGUUUCAACUCCUUCUGGAAGUUCAAGUUUGACAUUCAUUGUUUCGACUGGGGGUCCAUCCCAACUACCCUCUCUUGUGUUGAGCUCUGGUACCCCCGCGUCGUCGUCUGGAUUCCCUACCAAUUUGCCAUCGAUUACUCUGCCAAUGCCUAACGGAACAACCACCAUAGUCACACCAACUGUAACGGCCAGUACGGGACAGAGUCCACCACCAAACUCAGGCUUGAUAUCGAGCCCGUCAGGUGGGACCACCUUGCUUCUGUCUUCCGCCUUGGUUCCAAGUGCUCCGACUAGCCCACUGUCAUCGUUGUCUACGCUCUUUUUGUCUUCACUCUCUAUUGGACCGACCACAACCACCGUUGGUUCGUUUGUUGGUACAGUUUCCCAGAUACCCUCAACUUUCAGCGUUCCACUGUCGCUCUCUUCAAAUGUGCCGCCGGGAGUGUCUAAUGGGGUGUCAACCCUUUCGCCCUUGUCGUCGAUCACUUCGCCAGUCCCUGGCACAUCGGUUCCAGCCUCUAGCGGUCUACCAGCGAUCACGACACUUUCCUUGAGUUCGCUCCCUGGGUUCACUCUGGAUUCCUCAUUGUUCCCACCAACUCCCAGCUCCAGCGAAUCACUACCUGGCGCUUCACAGCCGCCAUCCUCGAGCAUUCCCGUAACCACUGUAACGAUAACAUCUCCGUUCGGAACUUCACCCGGUUCGUCUACAGGCCCAGCGAUAGCUACCUCAAGUAAUCAAGCGUCGCCUGGCUCAAGUACAGCCUCGCGCAGUAGUGGGCAGUCUUCGGUUCCUGUUGGAUCUUCAAUGUCAGUUCCAUUUACUUUAUCUGGGACCUUUACACUAUCAGUAUCUGCGAGCUCGAGUUCUGGAAUAUCAGCUUCUCCCAGUCCGUCGGCAACCCCAUCUGGGUCAAUAAGAAG